GUAGCCGGGCUGGGGCCGCGCCCGCAGCUCGGCGGCCUUUUCUUCCGCUCCCACCCAGUGGUGCUCCCAGGCGGCUGCACCGGCUCGGAGGAGGAGGAGGAGGAGCUCCGCCGCUGGGUGAGUUCCCGUCCGCGUUGCCGCCUUGAGGACACGGCCAGAGGACCCCUGCAGCGGCUUUGCUCGGAGCUGAAGGCAAACCUGGAGGCAAACCUGUGGGAGGCAAUGUUUGAGUAACUCCAAGGAGACCAGACAGUAGUAAUGUCAGCCCUCAACUGGAAGCCCUUUGUGUAUGGAGGGCUGGCCUCCAUCACAGCGGAAUGCGGCACAUUUCCAAUUGAUUUAACUAAGACACGGCUCCAGAUUCAAGGCCAGACAACUGAUGCCAACUUCCGAGAAAUCAGGUACCGAGGGAUGUUGCACGCACUGAUGAGGAUAGGUCGAGAAGAAGGGCUGAAGGCGCUGUAUUCUGGGAUCGCCCCUGCGAUGCUGCGCCAGGCUUCCUAUGGAACCAUCAAGAUUGGCACUUACCAGAGCUUGAAGCGAUUAGCUGUGGAUCGCCCAGAAGAUGAAACCCUGCUGAUCAAUGUUGUGUGUGGAAUUCUGUCUGGAGUCAUAUCCUCAGCUAUUGCUAAUCCAACCGAUGUUUUGAAAAUCCGAAUGCAAGCACAGAACAGCGCUGUUCAAGGUGGAAUGAUCGGUAACUUCAUCAACAUAUACCAGCAGGAAGGGACCAGAGGACUGUGGAAGGGCGUGUCCCUCACAGCUCAGAGGGCUGCCAUUGUUGUCGGCGUGGAGCUGCCAGUGUAUGACAUCACCAAGAAGCACCUGAUACUCUCGGGCCUGAUGGGAGACACUGUCUUCACACAUUUUCUCUCAAGCUUCACCUGCGGUCUGGUGGGGGCUUUGGCCUCAAACCCUGUCGAUGUUGUGAGAACCCGUAUGAUGAAUCAGAGAGUCCUUCCAGACGGCAGGUGCUCUGGCUACAAGGGUACCUUGGAUUGCCUAUUGCAGACAUGGAAGAAUGAAGGGUUUUUUGCUCUCUAUAAAGGUUUUUGGCCAAAUUGGUUGCGCCUUGGUCCUUGGAAUAUCAUUUUCUUUUUGACAUAUGAGCAACUGAAGAAACUGGACUUGUGACCAGUCCAUGCUACACAAGAUACUCUUCUGAGAAGCCAACAUCUGCAAUGGUAGAACCUCCUGUGCUUCCGGCUGCUUCUCAUUGCACAGCUCAUCACAGCUUCUAGGAUGGGAGCGGCGGGUGAAGAUUGGAUUCUUCAGAUUGUCGUGUUGGCACUGGAUGCUUUUCAUCCGUGUUCAGAGAUUAAACUAUAGCAUGUACUCACUAGUUAUUGCCAUGGAAGUGUCCUUUGACACCCAAGAUAAUGUGCAGGAUACAUGUUUCUUGCUGUAGAAAACUUGCAGAGAAAUCAGAACCGUGUGCAGUUUUCCUCUGGGAGAGCAGCCUUGCUGCCUCUGGGCUUCCAGCUGUGAACAUCAGCAGCUUUGAGAAGGCUCCUGGAGUGAUGGAGGCCCAGGAGGCUGGUAUUAUUCUUGUUCUGAGAAGGCUCCGGAAUGAUUGAGCCCCUCCCUCUUGGCUGGUAUUAUUCCUAAGCUGUUGUUGAGAGCUUUAAUUUUCUGUCAGCUGAAGAGAUUUUACAUUUGGACUUUUAAGCUCUAGACCUCGACAGUGCAGGAAGUAGAUUUUUUAGAAUAUUGCACUGCUUUAUAGUUCCUUUUGGGCACAAUCUUUCACUUACAGUAAGUGAAGUUAAGCCUUCGAAGACUCGACCUUUGUGAGGUAACAUUAGCAUUUGCCCUAUGAUUUUUAGCAAAGUUUAUUAUUUCCAUUUUGAUCAAAUGGGAAUAAUCAUGCUGAGUGUGAAGUUAGUGUCAAAUGAAGGGAAAACAGGCUGCCACGUGCAAGGUGAGUGUGUUCACACUCACAGUAAACAGUUGGGGUACCUCUGUUAACUAACGCUGCAGGUGAAGUUCUUUAGUUGCUAAUGAACUGAAGAGAGGAUGCCUCCAGACUUCCAGCCUUUACUUUAGCUCAAGGUGGGUUUGUUUAAAAACCUUUAUCUGAGAUUUCCUAGUUAAUUUCCUUGAAAUUAAAAAAAUAUCUACUUUUUUUCCUUUCCCUUUGAUUUUUGUGAUGUUGGGGAGAAAACUUGUGCAUUCUAGGUAUCUGCCUCACACUGAGCCUCACCCCAACCCAAAGUGAUUGCUUUAGCGCCUCUGUUUAUCUCCUUUCUGAUACGAGGUAUAUAAUGCCUCUACCUAUUUUGUUUCUUCUGAGACUCUUAACUUGUUAUACCUUUCAAAGCAAAAGAUGUCUCUAAGAGCCACAAGCUUUCUAUUUAUAGAAAGGCGUUCAAUCCCUUCAGGUAUACCCUGUGAAAGUAUCAGUGGUAACUGGGACUCUGAGCAGGGCGCAAUGCCGGGUAUAUUCCUUAUGGGUCCCACAGGCCUCUUCCUCUUUGAGGCAGAAUCGUGCAGGUUUUCCUUUCCUUGAGGGCUGAGCACUUUUUCCUCUGGUAAUUUUCACCUUGGCUUCUUUAUUAAUGUUUUCUUUGGAAACAGUUUGCGAAGCAGGGUGCGAUUUCUAAAAGUAAAAGCUAAGACAGAAUCGGCACAUGAGAACAGAUGACUUAAAGAUGAACAAAGUCCCUUGCAAGCCACUAGGUGGCAGUACAGGACCCACGCUGCUGCUGACCUGUCUCCUCCACUGAGAUGUUUUUCUUCUGACCUGAACAUUCCCUUAAGUGAUAGAUUCCACAGAGGCUUUCUCUUGCGUUGAAAGGAUUGCAUUUUUUAUUUUUUAUUUUUGAGACUGGGUUUCUCUGUGUAACAGC